GGCAUUGGCUGGCGUUGUUUAUAUUUUCUGGUCGGAAUUGGGAAUACAAUUGUUUUACAUCUGUAACACCCGUGUAAUUAUAUCCAAUGUAUAAAUCCCGACUCCGACCACUAAGCAUGAGAAUACAAUUCAUACGCAACAGCUUGUAUAGUAGGCGCCAGCCAAGCCAGAAAAUGGAGCAACGCUACGAUUUCAAUCGGGAAUGGAAGCUAACAUCAAACUAUGAGGCUAACUCUCUAUCGAAAAUAAAGCUGCUAUCGUACAACAUACUCGCUCAGGACCUGCUAAUGGAGCACUUCUUUCUCUAUGUGAAUAUCAAGCAGGAGUGGCUAACGUGGCGACAUCGUUUGCGGAAUAUCCAUCGCGAGAUUCACAAAUUGGAUCCAGACAUACUCUGCUUGCAGGAGAUGCAAUUCGAUCAUUUACCCAUGCUGGUGCAGCGUUUGAAGGCCAGCAGUGGCAAGCGCUUGGAAUAUGUGUACAAAAAGAAGACAGGCAGCCGCACCGAUGGCUGUGCCAUAAUAUACGAUUCCUGCAAGCUGCAGCUGCUAAAGGAGCAGGCUGUAGAGCUCUACGAUCCAGAUGUUCCACUGCUCAAUCGUGAGAAUGUGGCUAUAUUAGCCAAAUUUCGAUUAAAGCAACCGACCAGCACCGAGGAAUCUACUAAGGAUAACAAUGAAGUGAUUGUGGCCACUACGCAUCUGCUCUAUAAUCCACGACGGGCUGAUGUGCGCUGUGCCCAGGUGAGCAAGUUGCUCACAGAACUGCGCUGCUUUGCUACAGACGCGACUCAAAAUGCAACGCCUGUAAUUUUAACUGGAGAUUUUAAUUCGGAAUUACAUACGGCGCCAAUGCAGCUGCUAUUAAGCCAAGAUGAGGAUCCGGCUUCGAUUAACUUUGAGGCAUUAAAUUACGGUGACUGCACGGCGUCCACGCUGCAAGACGAAUGGAUCACUGUCGACUAUAUUCUGCGCUCUGUAUGCCAGCAGAGCCGGCGGAAACUAGAGAUACUAAGCGUUUACCAACUGCCAACAAUCAAUUGCUGCGCCCAUGUGGGUAUGAUACCCAAUCACUAUCUCGGCUCGGAUCAUUAUGCGCUCGGAGCAGUCUUUGCUCUGGCCUAGCAUUUAAAUGUCUCCCUAACUCAAUAAUAAAUGCCACCUAAAUUUGUUGUAAAUAAGUAAAUUGAUAAAAGCA